AUGAGGGCAUGGCAGGUAUAUAAGACAUCGAGUCUAGAUAUAAAACUAUGUUGGAUAUCUGCGUUUUUGAGAUUGGGCUCCUAUGGUGUUACUAACCAGGUUUUGACACUUUUUUUGAAAGAGAUCGGCAUCUCUGAAAAAGAGAUGGGAUGGUUUAUGUCGUUGACAUUGGUGGGUGACGUUUGUAUAUCUUACUUAUUGACAUGGCAUGCAGAUGAAUGGGGGAGACGUCGUAUUCUGACUUAUGGUGCAGUGAUGAUGGUCUUGAGCGGAAUUGUGUUUACUUGGAGCGAGAAUUUCUAUAUUCUUUUGGUAUUUGCCAUUUUUGGAGUCAUUUCACCAUCAAGCGACGAAGUGGGACCAUUUAAGUCCAUCGAAGAAUCGAUGAUGGCACAUCUAACGCCUCACAACCGUCGCCCCGAAAUUUACGCCAUUCACUCCCUGGUGAGUAUCUCAGGAAGCGCAUUAGGAUCAGUUUUCUGCGGGUGGUUUGUUCAAAUUCUACAGGACAGAAGAGUUUUCGACACUCAACUUCAAUGCUACAAAGCUGUUUUUGCCGUCUACACUGUCUUGGCUAUUGGGAAGCUAAUUUCAAUCGUAUUUUUGUCGGAUGCUGCGGAGCUGGACGCUCACCAUCACGAAGAACCAGAUGUCCAGCAAGUUCUCGACGAGAACAUGCCCUUGGUCGAGCAAAACGACAGGAAAAAGUCACGAUUGGCUCCAGAAACUUUCUCGGUCAUGAUCAAGCUACUUAUCAUCUUUAUGCUAGACUCAUUUGGCUAUGGGUUCAUGACAAGCGCUUGGACUGUAUUCUACUACUCAGUCGUUUUUGGACUGGGCCCCGCUGCAUUGGGAUUGCUCUUCUUUGUUGCAAAGAUAGUAAUGGCUUUGUCUUCCUUACCAUCAUCAACCAUCGCCAGGAUGUUUGGCCCAGUAAAGGCAACUUUGAUGGUACAAGUUCCAUCCGCGAUUUUCUUCAUGUUGGUACCAUACGCUGAAGGGCAUCUCUCGCUAUCUUUGCUAUUUUUCAACCUUUACAACUUGACAACUGCUAUGGAUGUCACUCCUCGGCAAAUUCUACUGACGAACAUCAUUAAACCAAGCGAUCUCACAAGGGUGAUGGGCGUUGUAAACAUAGGCAAAACGUUUGCCCGCUGUAUUGGACCCGUUUUCACAGGAUUGUUGGCUGAUAGAGGUCUACUUUGGUGCUGCUACUUAAUUAGUGGAACAUUCGUUCUUCUUGCUGAUUUUGUGCUAGCCGUUUUAUUCUAUGAUAUUGAUUCCCAUGUCCUUAAAACAACGAAUUCCUAA